CUACAACCCUCGUGUACCCUACUAGCAUACGGUCCUCGUUUUCUCCAGUCUCAAACCCCUUCCCAUUUUCUAGCCGAGUCCAUGGCCUCUCUCACCAAAGACUGAAACACACAAUAUUUUCUGUCAAACCAAAUAAUUACUUAUAUAAUUAAUAUAUGGCCAUUAAUGGAGUUGGACUCCCUUUCACCCAGAUCACACUACCACCGCCUCCACCGCAAAUCCCACUUUCUUCUCCCAAAACCUCCCGCGACCAUGGCCACGCCGGUCAACUCGCCGCCACCGCCGCCCGCCACCAUACAGUUUCCGGUCAGCCUCUCCCGCGAUGAAGACGAUCAGGACCUCCACGGGAAGCGUAAGGUGAUCGACGAGAUGGAUUUCUUCUCCGACAAGAAAGAGGCGGCCGCCGAAGCCGACGACGACGACGAGGCGGCGCAUCUCGGCGGACCCGAUCGUCGUUGGGCCGUGGAUUUUAAAGUGAAUACUGGUUUGCAUCUCCUGACGACAGCGAACACAGGCAGCGAUGAGUCGAUUGUCGACGAUGGGAUUUCUUCCAACUCAGAAGACAAAAGAUCAAAAAAUGAGAUGGCCGUAGUCCAGGCGGAGAUGGAAAGGCUGAGCUCCGAGAACCGCCGCUUGAGGGAGAUGCUGAAUCAAACUACGAACAACUACAACAGCCUGCAGAUGCAUUUACUCACCCUUAUGCAGCAGCAGCAAGGACAAGGACACGAGUCUAUUGAAGAACACAAGUUCAACAACAGCCACGACAAUACCAAUAACGGGCUCCGCCAGUUCAUGGAUCUCGGAUUUCCUGCCAACAAUGACGAAACUGCCCUUUCGCCGCCCGAGGGCAAGCUAUCACCGGCAUCGCCUGACAAAGAAAUUGAGGAAAGAGACGAGCAGGAGAGUAGCAAGGCAGCCAAGCACGGACACUGCACUAGAAGUGUCGACCAAGCUGCCACCGAGGCCACCAUGAGAAAGGCUCGUGUUUCGGUUCGUGCUAGGUCCGAGGCCUCCAUGAUCACUGACGGAUGCCAAUGGCGCAAGUACGGGCAGAAGAUUGCAAAGGGGAACCCAUGGCCCCGCGCAUACUACCGGUGCACCAUGGCCGCCGGUUGUCCCGUCCGAAAGCAAGUCCAGAGAUGCGCCGACGACACGACCAUACUCAUCACGACUUACGAAGGCAAUCACAACCACCCGCUGCCGCCGACCGCCAUGGCCAUGGCCUCGACCACCUCGUCGGCCGCCCGUAUGCUUCUCUCGGGCUCGAUGCCGAGCGCCGACGGCCUCAUGAGCUCCAACUUCCUGGCUCGGAAUCUCCUCCCUUGCUCGUCCAGCAUGGCCACCAUCUCCGCCACAGCCCCUUUUCCCACCAUCACUCUCGACCUCACCCAAUCCCCCAACCCACUGCAGCAGCAGCUGCCCCCGAGGCCGCCCAACCAGUUCACCUCCUUCCUCAGCCCACCGCCGGGGAAUAUUCCGGCGGGAAACUCGGCGGCUGCCGCCCUCCUGCCCCAGAUAUUCGGGCAGGCGCUUUACAAUCAGUCAAAAUUCUCGGGCCUCCAGAUGUCGUCCGACCCGAAUUUCUCGGCCGACCCAAAUUUCACGGCGGCUUUAGCGGCAGCCAUCUCGUCGUUUAUGGGCGGGCCGAGUUCGAAUAAUGGGAAUGGAAACGCGAAUAAUGGUAGCAACAACAAUAACAACAGGCAACAACAAGAGUAGAGAGAGCUAUUGGGUGAAAUGAAUGAUCAAGUGAGCUAGCCAUGAGAAAAUCUCGUUAAGUUUCUACUCUCUCUUUCUCUGUGAUUUUUGUUUUUUCAUAUUUUUUCAGUGGAGGGUUUUCCUUGCCUUCCUCCAUAUAGGAAGUUGAAUUAUCCACUUGAGAACAUUUUUGACGCUCUUCCGGUUUUCGUUUUCAUGAAUAAUGUAAGAUCACAUAACUNAAAAAAAAAAAAAGGAAGAAAAGGCAAA